AUGCAGCGCAACGUCGCCGUGGUGUCGUCCAUAGGCAUGUACCUGCUGUCCUCCGUGACGUCCGUCUUCGUGAACAAGUACGUGCUGAUGGAGGGGGCCGUGGACACGGUGCUGCUGAUAUUCCUCCAGCACCUCUCAUGCCUGCUCCCGUUACAUAUAUUUAAAAGCUACUUUAUGGGAACCCAAGACAAGGAACAGGUCCAGGGAAAGAUGGGAUCCCUCUAUGAAGGACUGAAACACAUGUGGCUGAUUAUUGCCUCCUUUAAUUUUACUUUAAUAUUUGGGAACACCUGCUUGAGGCACACGAAUAUAUCCUCCUACCAGCUAGCCAGAUCCAUGACGCUGCCUUUCAAUUUCCUGUUUUCCUAUUUUUUUUUCAAGCAAAUAAAUUUUACCCUGCUGAUGACCUGCGCCUGCGUGUUGGUUUCGGCUGGGUUCUUCGUCUUUUCCGUGGACGCCGUCAGCACCAACUUCCAGUCGGUCCUCUACGGCACCACCGUCUCCGUCGUGCAGGCAAUCCAUCUGAACCUCCUAAAGAAGAAGCUCAUGAUUUAUGGGGACAAGACGGUUAUGCUUUACUACAACCUGCUGUACUCCUCCAUCAUUUUAUUUUUUUACCUCUCAAUCACAGGGGAGCUUUUUUCCAUUUUCCGCAUUUCCUCCAUCUUCGUGACGUUUUCCUCCUUCCUGUGCAUCCACUACACGGACAAUGUCGUCUUCAACAUGUUUGGGAAUGUCAAAUCCACCAUGCAGACGUUCAUCAGCAAAUUUUACCACUCGGAGGAGCUAAACGGGCACACCCUGGUGGGCAUCCUGCUGACGACUCUGGGGUCUUUCCUCUACACCUAUUCGAGUGAAUACGCGAGGAAGCAGAAGGUCGGGUGA